AUGACUUCAGCUGUUUCAGAUGAAAGUUCUGGUGAUGAUGAGAAAUGCAAUGACCAGUAUAAGUUACAGAAAAAUUAUAUUUUGCUGGCAUCACAAAUCUUCCAAUUUAUGAACAAGCAUCUGCUGCGUAGUGAAUCGCCAUAUGUGCAGCGAUAUGUACGAGGGGGCUUGGCAGAACAACAAAUGGUGAUCUUGGCAGCUAUUAUUCGAGAUUUAGAUCGAGAAACUGCAAGAACUGAGACAGGUACCAUCUCUGUGUACUUCGGUGCUAUGUUGGGCACUCUCUACAGUGAAUUUUCUCAAGCACUUACACGAUACUCACACAAUCUUCUGGCUCGUGGAGUACUUGCUGAAGGCCUACAAGACACCUUACUAAAUCAUCUGGGUGUCAGUCCCUGGUCUCAAGAUGUAAAUAAUACAUGGCCAUUGCAAGUGUAUCCGCGUACCCUUGCUGUGCUUGCUCAGGUGUUGGUGUUGAAGGCACAACAGGAAAAGGAAGUGGCGUGUAUUAGCAUUUGGCAUCGAUUGGUCAACACCCUUGUGGAAAAUGUGUGUAAUCCACCUACUACGUUUGAACUAGAAAAUGAAGAUCUUAAUGUGGAACAUGCCCAGCUUCUCCUUUUUCUCUUUCACUCUCUGAACUUGAUGCAAAAGAAAUCGGUAUUACUAUUAACAGCAGGUGGUGUCAUUCGCUGUGCGGAAGUUCUUAGCACACCUCUGCGGGAUGUACAACUAUUGCAUUUGGCACGCUUACUUCUACUCCUGGAAUAUCUCAUGAAGCACUUGUAUGAUGCUCCUCCUGCACUUCUUGAACAAGUUCAGUGGAAUUUAUUCAGCGCCACAAGUAUGGUGAGUGAUCCUGUUGAUAAUAAAGAUGGAUCACGAGUAGCUUCUCGAAUCUACUGUGCAUGGCCAGAAAUUGAGGAUGUGUAUCGGAAAUUUGGACCCCAAGAUGAAUUUUCAAUGAAACCUCGCUUUUAUAGCCUUACACAAGUAGAAAUCAACAACCAAGACACUCCAAAACUAGAUGGUCUGGCCUGCAAUUUUAUCUUGGGUACUCCUGACAAACUUAAGUACCCACUUCUGGUUGAUGCUUUGAUUGAUGUAUUAAAUGUUACCAAUCAGUGCAGUGGUAACUUUAAGCGUACUGAGAAACUAAGUUUUACUGGACUGUGUGCCACCCAGUAUUGUUUCACACUGUGCUGGCGGUUGUUGUUGCUUUUACCUCCUUCUACUCCAUAUAUGGAUAAAUUGGCACUUGGACUGGAAAUAAAUACUCCAUCUCUUCUUCUGCAUUCUCUUGUGUGGGGUCCACGAACUGCGUGCAAGACAUUCACUGGAUGGAUGAAGGAUUGCUUAGUGAAACAAGGAAUGUAUACUCAGUAUGCAGAAACACUUUUAAAAAAUGUUGCUAAAACUGUAAACAACCUGCAGUAUGACAUUAAUGUUGCAAAAAAUUGCAUUGUAAACUUUCGACUUCAAAUGCAGAAACCAGAUGCAUUAGUACCAAAGUCAAGUUUACCUCAACUAGCUGACUUACUCCUCCUUGAUGCCGUUGUUUCUAAAGUACAAGUGCUUCUAGAUGAUAACAAGGCUGGCAAUGAUAGCACAGAAGCUCAAAAAAGUCAAAAUGGAGAGGCAACAAAAGUGUCAUCUGAACUAGCACAGGAAUUGUUACCACAUGUAUUGCAACUUGCUGAGACUAUUAUAGCGUGUAGUAGGUCCAGUCUCUUGUAUCAGAUGAAUGAAAGCUCUGAACCUGUGGGCAAAUAUUCUCUUCAAGAUUUCCAAGCAUUCAGAGAAAUUUUAGCCAUUUCUUCUAGUCGAUGUAGUGUAACAAAAUCUUUGGCUACAUCUCUAAUGACAUUGCUUCCUGCCUGUAUACGGACAGUUCUUGAAAAGUGGAAUGAUAAUGCAGUUGGUGAUUUUCCAUGGAACACAUAUGCCAAUGAUGUGAUACCCGCAGAAAGCUACAUCUUGGAUGUUAUCAGUAAUCAUGUUUCUUCACUUUCAAGUCAGGGUUCAUUUAGUGUAAACCUAUCACUAAAAUAUUUAUUACACUCAUUAAUUACUUUCAUUGGAGAGCAUGUGAUGAAAUGUCCAGAGGGAAGUGAUCUGCGCCAACGAGCUGUGAGUGUGUUGGUGCCAGUGACACUUGAUGCUUGCACUGAACAUUUACACAGCACAGCUGUGCGCACUCUUGAGGGUGUUAUUGGUGAUGUAGACUCAGAAGAGCAUCAAAAAAGGGUGUUCUACAUAGUGCUGGAGCACACAUACCAUUUACUUGGAAUUUUUACAUCACAAGCUUGGACAAUGCACUUUGUUGCUGUGGAUGAAAAGGUUCUUCAGGAAUGUUUGAAGUUCAUGGAGUCUUUGCUGGACAAACCUGCAGGUCGACUUGCAUUAGAUCAGUUCUUCAGCAAGGAAACUGGACGUGAUCUGGUUCAGGUGCUAUUGUCUGUUGCAUCUCCUCAAGGCGCCUUAUCAGCUCCAUAUGGCGCUAUGGUUCUGCGCUUCUUUAACAAGUUAUUUAGCACAGCUGAGAAAACUCCUGGUGAUGCAAGUCUGGAACAUCUCUGUGGGUCUUUGUCACGCCUUGCCACCGUUGAACCUGAAUUAUUACAAGGCUGGUUACAACAUGUGAUACUUGGACCAGCCACCAGUGCUGCUAAUUUAGACACUCCUAUAAUUGCAUCUUCUGUGCCACCUGCAGCAACUGUUACAACCUCUGCUAAUGAAGUGAAGGCUAAACCAGAACAGAAAUCUGUCAAAACAUCAUCUACAGAAGCACCUGCUGCUUCGUCAAGCCCUCCAGCCUCAAAUGUUGACUCAGCUACUCCUUCAUCGAACGCUGGCACAAGUUCUCAGGCUACUAAUGCUGUUAUUUCUUCAGCUGCUGGUACUGCUGUAGCAACGGCAACUAGUACUCCCACUACUGUAGCAACCACAUCAGCUACUGUUGCAACAACUUCCACCACCACUACCACCAACACCACCACCACAGCCACCCCUGCUUGUGCUGACAGUAUCCCUGCAAGCACUGAGAAUGGAUCAUCAAAAGAGGGAGCCCCUCUUGCUGGAGGAGCCCAGAUGGCCUCAUCAGAGUCAAACAGUAGCAACAGCCCUACAGAGGAGCAACAGAGCCUGUUGCAAGAAAAUAAUCAAUUGCUUCAGGGUCUCACAGCAUACAUUGUGAAAGAAAACAGUAAUGUCAGUGAGGAUGUAGCAGUAACCAUUCUUCAGGCUUUGAUUCCCAUUGGAAUGCAAAUCCUGUCUCCAUCCUUGGAAGGCAUGGGCUUUACGGAACUGAUGGUUGUAAUGGCCACAUUGGCAGAUGCAGGCUCAGGAAAGGGCCACACACAUUUGUUUUCUGCAGUGAUGUCGUGGUUGGAGCUGUGUAAGCAGUAUUUAGUGCAAAAAGAUGUAACAGAGAAGCUGGAGGCAGGACACAGCAGUGGCAAGCACAGGCACAUGCUUGAUGCGACGUGUUUCCUACUGACGUACAUGGCUGACAUUGUGGGUGCGCUAUGUCCACCUGCUCCAGGCCGAGCUACUUCACCUCCUUGGGAAGGAGAAUUGCCUCCCGACUUGGAUAGCGACUGGGCUGAUGAACUUGGUCAUGAGGAUGAAGAAAGUGGUGGAGAAGACUCUGAUGAGGACAGCCUGUGCAACAAGCUGUGUACCUUUACCAUCACUCAGAGAGAAUUUAUGAACCAGCAUUGGUACCAUUGCCAUACCUGUAAGAUGGUUGAUGGAGUAGGUGUGUGUACCGUCUGCGCACGAGUCUGCCACCGAGGACAUGAUGUCACCUAUGCCAAAUAUGGGAAUUUCUUUUGUGAUUGCGGUGCUAAAGAUGACAAUACUUGCCAAGCGUUGGUGAAGAGAAGUCCGCAGUCAUCAAAUGAAGCCCAUUCCAACCAAGCUCAAGCAUCAUCUGGACCCAGCAAUAUGUCAGUGGACCAGAUGCUGCCCAGUUCAUUGCGUCGCCGCCCUUCAUCCCCUGUCAACUUGGAUAUAGGGGGAUCAUACAGAGAUAGACAACGUCUCCCUACGCUAGCUAAACAACUAGAGAGUAGCAGAGAAACUUUGCUAUCUCAUCUCUUGAGCAGUUCUGUAGUGCAGUCGCUGCUUGAGCUUGUCAAGAGUCUCAUUCCAGCAAUUGAAGCAUCAUGUCAGAGGCAUUCACCUGUGGGCUGCCAUCAGCGUGCUCAGAAAGCGCUCCGCCAGCUGCACUCCUUGGAGAAGAAGUUCGAGCUCACUGAUCAGCUUAUGGUAAAUCAUCGUCAGAAUUUUGGAACGGUACCAACAUUGGGCUCUCAGGAGGGAGCUUUUGAGAACGUGCGCAUGAACUACUCUGGGGACCAAGGUCAGACUAUUCGACAGCUUCUGUCUGCACACAUGAUUCGACGUGUGGCUAUGUGCUGCUUAUCAUCUCCACUUGGAAAACGCCAACACCUCGCUGUUUCUCACGAGAAGGGCAAAAUCACUGUACUUCAGCUGAGUGCAUUGCUGAAGCAAGCUGAUUCUUCUAAGCGAAAGUUGACAUUAACAAGACUUGCUUCUGCACCUAUCCCUUUUACUGUGCUGUCCAUCACUGGUAACCAGUGGAAUGAAGAUUUUUUGGCUGUGUGUGGACUCAAGGAUUGUCAUGUGCUAACAUUCAGCAGCAGUGGUUCAGUAGCAGAUCACUUGGUGCUUCAUCCACAACUUGAGACAGGGAAUUUCAUAAUUCGUGCUAUCUGGCUGCCAGGCUCCCAGACAUCACUAGCUCUAGUAACUGCUGACUUCGUGAAGAUAUACGAUUUAAAUAAAGAUGCAUUGAGUCCCUUGUACUUCUUUUUGGUACCCAGUGGAAAAAUACGUGAUUGCACUUUCAUUUCGACAGAGGAUGGAAAUUCUUACAUGUUGCUUAUGUCAUCUGCUGGUCACAUCUACAGUCAAGCAAUGGAUGAAGAGAGCUCAGCAAAACAUGGGCCUUUCUAUGUCACCAACACUUUGGAAGUAUAUCAUCAAGAUAUCAAGGAUGUAAAUGGUCAGAUGGGUGGUGGUGGUGUCAGCAUUUACUAUUCACAUGCACUACAGCUCCUUUUCUUCAGUUAUGCUGCGGGCAAAAGUUUUGUAGCGCCACUUACUUACAUGGAUGGCAGCCUACCAACUGUAUUUCAAAUAAAUGUAGGGAAGACAUCUGUUGGUGGAAAUGGAAAUAAAGCCAAUAAUGCUCAGCCGCAACCUCUUUGCCAAUGGAGUGAAGUACCAAAUCAUCCUGGACUAAUAUGCAGUGUCAUGCAAAGCAGUAACAAUCCUGUUAUACUAAUGUUGAAACCAGAUACAUUCCUCGUACAAGAAAUCAAAGUAGUUCCAGCUAAAGCAAAAAUAAUGGAUAUGGUGGCUAUUAGGCAUCCAUCUUCUAACGCAGAUCAUCGAACCACUCUUAUCUUACUAUGUGAAGAUGGUAGUUUGCGCAUUUACAUGGCUUCAAUGGACCAGACAGGAUUCUGGCUUUCUCCCAGUGUACAGCCUAUUAGCACCAUGACUACAUUAAAACCUUCCCGGAAAAAAAAAAUUACUAAAAUUGGAAAACCAUCAGGUGUUGUUUCAUUCCCAAUUGAUUUCUUUGAGCACUGCCAAAUCAUGAAUGACGUGGAAUUUGGUGGAAAUGACCUUCUGCAGUUGUACAACAUGCAACAGAUUAAACACAGACUUAACACAACAGGCAUGUAUGUGGUAUCCACAAAAACAGCUGGAUUUAAUGUGGAGAUAAUAAAUCAAGAUAGUGCAUAUGUAAUGACAGGCUUGAGAGUUUUGCUUGGAACACAAGAUUCUCAGCGUGCUCCAACAUUUAUUGAAAUUUUUGGGCGGAGCAUCCAGACAAAUGUUGCUCGGAAUCGUUGGUUUGAUUUGCCUUUUACGAGAGAAGAGAGUUUACAGGCAGAUAAAAAGGUCGUAGUUACAUUUGGCCCUUCUCAGGAUCCAGAAGGAGUGACCAUGAUAGAUUCUAUAAAAGUGAUGGUGGCUGGCAUACUAGAAGUUCUUGAUGGAUGUUUCACUCUUUUGGGAUCUUUAGAAGAAGGAAAAUCUAUGCCAAAGUCUACUGCAAUUGAAGUAGCUACUACAUUGCUUGCACUACCUACUCCAAUCAAUGUACAAGUUAAUACAAAAUGUCUAUUGGCUUCACUGCAUUCCUCUAGAGCUGCAUAUCACAACUAUAAGGAUCAAGCUCUGCUCAACCAUGUGCACCAGUCCUUAAUUUCUCUUCGAGCUGUACAAGAUCCUCGAGAUUUAGAUGCAGAAGCAUUCUACAGACUUGUAUUAAUGGCUCGUGGUGUGGCUGUUGCAAGACCUCACAAUUUGGCCAAAUUUGCUGACCAACAAAUAGAACAUGCAGAAGAAGGAAAAACAGAAGAGAGUAUUGAGAAGAAACAUCUUAUGGUGCAACUUAUGGAUGCUAUGUGGUGUCUUCAUAUGUUACAUCCCGCUAAUAUGGCUCUGGCCGCAGUGUGUGUGCCAGGAUUGACGCAUGUGGAGGCUACUGUUCAUGCAAUUGUGGAGAUUAUACACGCAUUUACAACUUGUGAUAUAGAAGGCACUGUCACAUUGGCUGCAAAGCUGUAUUUGCAGCUUCUCUUGUGUGAAGACCUAGCUGUGAGCUUCAGUGCUAAACAGGCUGUAAUUCGAGUCCUGAGACCACGCUUACGUCGACGUCGUGUUCUGAUUCCCAGUCCACCUCAUUGUAGUACCCCCGGUGGCACAACUGAAAUGGAAUCUGAAAAAGGGCCAGUUUCUCAGCCAUCACAAGAAUCGAAUGAAGAGCAACAUUUUGAAGUGGAUGCUGUGGAGCCCAUGGUGUUGUUGGCUCCUGAUGCCGGACCUGGAGCAGCAAAUGUGGCAGGGGUUGUAAAUCCAAUUGAAGCUUUGUUGGGGCCAGGUGGCUUCCCUCCUUUGCUGGAUAUUCCCCCAGAUGCAGAUGAUGAAACAAUGGUGGAGCUUGCUAUUGCUCUCAGCCUACAGGAUCAUGAAGGUGGUGCAGAUCUACAAGUGUUGCAACAGGGUUUACAACAAGGACUUCAGGGUUUAGCAAAUCUCCCAGGUCUUCAAAAUCUCAGUGGGCAAGCCUUGCAAGUAGCACAGAGCUUGCAAGUACUGGCUUCUCAAGGAUUGGCUCAAGUUCAAAAUGCUGGUCAAGUUCAAGAAGCUGGUCACUUUUCUGAUACAACAGCUUCUGCUGGAGGUUCAGAUGACGAAGGGUCCACAGCAGCAACCGAUGGCAGUACCUUGCGCACUUCACCAGCUGAGCAGGGUGGCAGUGCAGGAUCUGAGAGUGGUGGCAGUGGUGCAGACUCAAUUACGGGUGAGCACAACGUGUCUGGGCGCAGCUCAGCGUAUGGGGAUAAUGCCCCUGAGCCAUUGGCUGUGGUGCGCAGUGAAACAUCAUCCUUAGGAGCUCCUGCUCCUUAUCAGGCCCAAGAUGCUGACACUUUGGAACCUGAACAAGAGCCAGAACCAGAUACAGAAAAUAGUUCUCGUCUGCAUGCAUUACGACUGGCUGUGCUUGAGCGUUUAUUACAAUUUGUACCUCAGUUACGCACUGUAGGUGGUGUACGUUCAAUUCCUUUCAUGCAGGUUUUGUUGAUGCUGACUUCUGACUUGGAUGGAGAAGAAGAAAAAGAUAGAAUUUGUUUGGAGAAUCUUCUACACACGGUAGUGGGAGAAUUGCAUAUGAAAGAGCCAAAUACAAACAAUAUAUGCGAGCGUACUAAAGAACGUGAAGUACACCUUGUCAUCAUGCGUUUACUCAGUGUGCUAAUGUCUCGUUCUAAAUCCAAUUCCAAGACUGCACAUGACAAUUCUACUUUUGUAUCCCAAACAACUGCUGCAGUGUUAAUGCAGGCAGGAGCAGUGGAUUAUUGCUUAACCCUCUUGAAAUCACUUUUGACGUACUGGAAAUCAUUGUCAAUUGAUGAACCUGGAACUAAUGUAGGAGGUGCCCUUUUGAAGCCACAUCAAAGUUCAUCUCCCCCUGAUAUGUCACCAUUCUUCCUUCGACAGUAUGUGAAAGGCCAUGCUCUGGAUGUGUUUGAAGCUUAUCCACAACUUCUAACAGAAAUGGCUCUAAGACUCCCAUACCAAGUGCAGAAACAAGCAGAUAACACUGCAAUCUCCACUACUUUUAAUAAGGAAUGGUUUCACUUCUUAUGUGAGUACAUGAUGACCCAACAAACACCAUUUGUUCGACGUCAAGUGCGCAAACUUUUGCUAUUUAUAUGUGGAACCAAAGAAAAGUACAGACAAUUGCGUGACCUACAUUCUCUGGAAUCUCAUAUGAAGGAUGUUCAGGAAUGCUGCCGAGGAGGUGGCUAUGAUCCUCAGAGUGGUUUUGGGGCUUCACUUCCUCAUUGCAUUAGCUUGCCUUAUGAUUCAUUGGUCGAGUUGAUUGAGCAUUUGAAAGCUUGUGUCGAAGUUGCUACAAGUCGAACUGGGAACUGGCAGCGUUAUUGUCAGUGUCAUGAAGAAACUCUUCCAUUUUUACUGCAAGUCGCUUGCCUACUUGAUGAAGGAGUGUCUCCCACUAUUCUACAGUUGCUACAGUGUGCUGUAUGUGGAUCCAAAGCAUCAAGUACUUCAAACUCUAGUACAACUGCC